AUGGAGGUAAUGAAAUCUGUGAGUUUCAUGUACGUGCGCCCACCUGGCUACAAUGCAGAGAGUGCAAAAGCAGCUGAAAUUGAAGAUGGGAAGAAGAGGUCAGAUCCAGGGGACAUGGCUCAAGGUGCUGCAGCAGCAAGUACCUCUUUAAUGCCUGAUAAGGGACUUGAAAAGUCCCAGUCAGGUGCAGAUAAGAAAAAUAGGCCGAAAGAUGUUUUCGGUCGGACAUUGCCAACAGAACAAGAAUUUGAAGUUCUCAAAAAUGCUCCAAGGUUGGACACAAGUGCUCCUGUGAGGAUUAAACCAUUUGGAGUUGAAGUUCGUAAUGUUAGAUGUUUAAGAUGUGGAAACUACGGCCACCAGAAUGUAGACCGGGAAUGCCCCUUGAAGGAUGCGAUCAUGCCUAAUGAGGAGAGUCGAUUGAAAAGGGAUGAUCCACUUACAGCUAUAAUGGCACAGGCUGAUUCAAGUGAGGUUACAAGUUUUGUUCUUCUCUUUGAAAAAUAUUUCCUGCCACAAGUUACAUAGAAAUAACACACCAUAGCAAGAACAUGGAAAUUUAUAUCUCCCGGUUUUAUAGU